AAAGUUUUCAGCUUCAAGAUCCUCUUAAGCGGAGUUGUACGCAAGCUUUAAAAUGGCGCUCUUCGUGCGUGUUAACUUAAAUACGCUCUCUUUAUUAAAUCGUUGUUAUAACAAAUUCGCAACUAGUGCAGUAAAAUUAAAAACGAACAAGCAUACUGUGGUGACGUCCAGUAUUUUAUUUGAGAAGCUCAGCAAACAAAAUAAAAAGACAAAAACGUCGACUAGUGUAAAAACGCCCUUCGAAAUAGAAAUUGCCAACAGAAGAGAUCAAGCAUGUCGAAGUAUAUUAGUACAAGUGGAUUCCCUGUCUUCUCACGAAGAUCUCCAAAAUUAUUGCAGUCAGUUUGGAAUGAUACAAAAUGUGUAUCACUAUAAAACAAAUAAAGAACAUAAUUAUAUCUUAGUUGAAUUUGAGGACGAAGCAUCAAUAAAGGAAAUUAUGUCAAAUGCCAAUUUUAUAGGUUCUAAUUUAAUAAUUCCAUGUAAAUCAUCAGUACUGUGGUUUCGUAAAGGCCAAAUUUCUAAACAAAACAGUCAGAAGAUGUUAACUGUAGAAAAUGGUGUUUCGUCUCCUAGUAUAGAGCAUAUCGCACACAAAUUAUAUCAUUCGAGAUCGAUAUCAGAGCAAAUAUCACAACUUUAUGAGGCACUGAAAUUAACUGAUUUAGAAACAAGACUGAGAUUUCAUACUGCGCAUCAUUUAGAACAGAAUUUGUCUAUAUUAUUUUAUGGAAGGAGAAUCCUGCCAUUUGGUUCGUCUGUAAAUGGCUUUGGUAGGAAAGCAUGUGAUCUUGACUUGGUAUUUUUUUCUGACGACACUGUGGAAAAUGACCCUAGAAGCAGAUUAGUAUUUCAUUCAAAGUAUAUGAAGUGUAAGCAAAAGCAUGAAAUAAAAGAAUUUAUGGCAGUACUUGCAAACAUCAUGCGGCACUUUAUCCCCGGAGUCGAAAACGUACGAAAAAUUUUGGAGGCUCGAGUACCCAUCAUCAAAUUCAACUUCGAAUACAAUCUUCUUGAGUGUGACUUGUGCACAGAAAACACAACUGCCGUCUACAUGUCAGAGCUGUUAUAUCUAUAUGGAGAGAUAGAUUGGCGGGUUAGGCCGCUUGUUCUUAUGAUACGUAAAUGGGCGAGGAAUCAAGACAUAACGUGUGAUAUACCAGGCGCAUGGAUAACGAAUUUCUCCCUCUCGUUGUUGGUGUUAUUCUAUUUGCAACAAAAAAAUAUAUUGCCAUCGUUAAGAAUAUUGAAAAUACACGCGACAGACAGCGACGCUCGUUAUACAGCUGACGGCAUCGAUUGUACCUUCCUGCGAGAUAUCCGCAAAUUACCAAAUGAAUAUAAGAACAAAUUGAAUCACGACGACUUGGAGACUCUUAUGUUCGGUUUUUUCGAAUAUUAUUCAACUUAUGAUUUCUACACCAAAGGAAUAUGUAUACGCACGGGAAUACCGAUCAGGAAACCGACGUCUUCGCCGCUUCACAUUAUCAAUCCGCUUCAGACAAUGUUGAACGUCAGCAAGAAUGUUAGCAUCUUCGAACUGAAUCGUCUAGUACAGAAAGCGCACGAUGCGCUCUUCACGCUAGAAACUGCGAACAAACUCCAAUACAACAAUUGGGGUAUUAUGAGUUUAUUGAAAAUUAAACAACCGGAAGUGAUAAAUCUUUCACAGUUUAAUAUUGUAGAAAGUCGAAAUGUCAAAGGUAACUCCUCGGAAAACCAUUCCCACGAAACCUCGGAAAAAGUUGUUAGCAUUGAUAACACACAACCAGUAGAGAAGACAGAGGAAACUGUAUCAUAUGUAAAAUAAAUGACAAUAACGUAAUUUAUCUCCGUCGAAACUUCCUUACUCCCGUAAAGGACAAUUCUAAUUAAUUUCUUAUAGCAGAUUUGGUAUUGACUGGUCUUUAUAUGAUAAAAAAAGCAGAAAUGUAGUCUGUACAUUUCUAUGUCUUCUGUACAUAGUAGUAGAGACAUUUUCAUCGAUUUUGCUAGUUUUUAGCUUUUUUUGCUACGUGACUUUCGACAAGAUCAGUGAGAACGCUCCUUCACUGAAGAUUUUACUGAAACAUUGUACAUGAGAAAGAAAGUCGUGCAUUUUUACCACACAGUUAUACCCGUAGUAUUAUGACAUGUGUCUUGUACAUAUAGGUAGGAAAUAACUAUACGUACACAUGAUGUAUAAAUAAGUUAUAAAAUAUCGCAAUCAGUCAAAUUGAUUUAUUGGAAACCGUUAUUGCCGCUAUAUCAACCCUGCAAAUUUUUCGAACAUCGUGAUCAACGUUCUCUCGUUUACUCCGUUUCGUCCAUUGACAUUUACGGCGUUGACGCGCGCGCGCACGUUGUUUGUAAAAUUCAACAAGUGAAAUAUCGCCAAUCGCGUGAUCUCGUGUACAUGUAACAUUCGUCCAAUCAAAACAGAUAACGAAAACCGUAUUCGUGUGUGUAUAUAUAUAUGUAUGUGUGUGUGUAUGUGUGUCGUACUCGCGUCGCAAACAAGAGAGAUCAACAAUGAGAUACUCCCGUCGUUUGCGCGUUACACGAAGAUACGGUGCAUGUAAAUCGAGGACAUUUAUUAACUUGUAUAUAUAUUUUACUAUACCAGCAAUAUUCGACAUUUCUCAUACAUGCACAUACUUACAGUGUACAUCCGCUAUAAUUAAACAUUUCGUUCUCGUGAA